AUGCCUUCUUACACCUCCAAGACUCUCCUUUCCGCCCUUGCGGGUGCGGUGUCCGUUGCCGCCCACGGCCAUGUCACCAACAUCGUCAUCAACGGCGUCUCGUACGAGGGCUUCGACCCCACCAGCUUCCCCUACAACCCGAACCCGCCGACGGUUGUUGGUUGGACCGAGGGCAACUCGGACAACGGCUUCGUUGCCCCCGAUGCCUUUGGCAACGGUGAUAUCAUCUGCCACAAGUCCGCUACCAACGCUGGUGGCCAUGCCGUUGUUGCCGCCGGCGACUCCGUCUUCAUCCAGUGGGACACCUGGCCCGAGUCCCACCACGGCCCCGUCAUCGACUACCUCGCCAGCUGCGGUGACGCCGGCUGCGAGACCGUCGACAAGACCAGCCUUGAGUUCUUCAAGGUCGCCGAGGCUGGCCUGAUUGACGGCACCAACGCCCCUGGUUUCUGGGCUUCCGACCAGCUGAUUGCCAACAACAACUCCUGGAUGGUCAAGAUCCCCGAGGGCAUUGCCCCUGGCAACUACGUCCUUCGUCACGAGAUCAUCGCCCUGCACAGCGGUGGCCAGCCCAACGGCGCCCAGAACUACCCGCAGUGCUUCAACCUGCAGUCCUCCUCUGCCGAUCACCGGGCUCGCUCGGCCAUCACCGGCUCUGCCACUUCUCCCCCCGCCGGCUCUGCCACCGCCCCGCCUGCGGCCUCCACCACCACCGCCGGCUCUGACGCUGGCGCCACCGAGGUCCCUUCCACCCCCGAGCCCACCCCUGAGCCCACCCCUUCCACCACCACCUCGGCCGGCGGCAACGCCCCGCGCCCGACUCGCUGCCCUGGCCUGAAGAAGCGCCGCCACGCCCGGGAUGUCCGCGCCAAGAACUAA